AUGUUGACUGUAUCAAACUAUACUUCAAAUACAAUUCUGAGACAUGGUUGUUGUAGUAAUAGUGGUAAUGUCUUGAGAAGUAGUUUAAAUCUAACUUCGAGAUUAUACUCUACCACCAAUAAUAAUAACAAUAAUAACAAUAAUAGUUCAAACAACAACAACAAUAAUAACAAUCAAACUCAAAAUCAAAAUCAAAAUCAAAAUCAGAAUCAGAAUAGACCAAAGUUAUCAUUUUUGCAGGAUAAUAGAUUACAUGACCCAUCGAAAAGACCAUUGUCUGCAAUCUUUAAUUUCCCAUUGAAGCAAAACCAACAAGCAUCACAGGGUCAAUCUAAUAAUAACAAUAAUAAUAGUAAUAAUAAUAACAACGCGAAUACCAACACCAAUAAUAGUAAUAGUAAUAAUAAUGGUAAUAGUGGUAAUUUAUUCUUUUCAUCACCACUUUAUCAACAACCACAAUCCGAUUUAUUUAAGAAUAUAAAUUUCAAUCAACAAAAGAAUGGAAAUCAACAACAGAAUCAGCAACAACAACAACAACAGCCGAAUAACAAUGCGACAAACAGUAGUAAUAGUAACAAAUCGACAUUCCCAUUCUCUGCGAAACAAUUUCCAAAUAUACCACCUAAACAUCAACAACAACAAAAUCUACAACAACAACAACAUCAACAACAAUCACCUAUCUUUAAUAUUCAACAACAUCAACAAUCGACAGCACAACCACCACCACAACAAGGAACUCAAAUUUCAUUUUUAAAUCACUUGAGACAAUUGAACCAGAUGAAUCAAAAGACAUUACAACAAAAUAAUCAACAACAAAAUAACCAACAACAACAACAACAACAAACAACUAAAACACCACCAGGAAACAACAACAACAAUAGAUUCAAAGAUGCAAAUUUCGAAAACUCUCAGAAACAAUUUGAAUCGUCAUUGAAUCAAAGAAAUGCUGGUAGAAUUCAAACACAAGUACUCACUGGUUUCCAAAAUCAACAGAAUCAACAACAACACCACCAACAUCAGAGUGGACAGUCAUCAACAUCGCCAACUGGUAAAACUUCAUCAACAUCAGCAUCAUCAAAGAACAAGAAGGAUAUUCCAGAUUCCAAGCGAAAGGAUCAAUCGAAACAGAGAGCCGAUGGCUUUGAAGGUGAGAAUGGCGAAGACGAUGAUUUCUCCGAUAUGUUUGGUCGUGAGCGAAGCGGAAAAGACAAGAAAAAGCUGAAGAAACCCAAGCGUGAAUCCGGUGGUUACAAAGCGUUGAAGGCAAAGCAGCAAGCCGAUGAAAAGCGUUCGGCACGUGACUUUGACAACGACAGAGAGUUUGACGACAACGAAUUUGACGAGAACUACGACUAUGGCGAUAUCAUGAGACAACGAAUCGAGUAUGGCGAUCACGACAUUGAGGAGGGCGAGCUCGUUGACGACACUGUCUACAGCGCUGAGGACGUAGCCAAAGUCAAAUACUUUAGCAAGGCAAUCGAUCCCUCCACCCAAGUGAGAUUGCGUGUCAACCGUGCAUGUCGUCAACUGGGAAUCAAGAAGCUCAAGUACAACGAGGAUAUCGUUCGUCUCCCGAAUGUCAGGGUGAUCGGUACCGACAGCAAACUGGUAGCCGAGUCGAUCAGUGGCAAGGAAGCAAUGAAAAUGGCCAAGUCACAGGAACAAGAUCUCCUUUUGAUCCACGAAUCAAACAACCCCGAAAACCCAAGCAUCGUCAAGUUUGUCGUCAUGUCCAGACACGUCAAGUCCUACGAACUCAAGGUCAAAGAACUCAAUGCUAAACUCAGAAAGAAAGAUAAAAAUAUAUUUUUGUCACCAACUAUUCAAGCAUCCGAUUUGGAUAUGAAGAUUAGAAGAUUAAAGAGAUUUUUAAAGGCUGGAUUGAAGACAACGGUGUCAUUGGUAUUCCCUGCGACAUUGUUUAAUAAGGAGGUUGGUGAUCUGAUAUUCAAAAAGGUGGCAGCACCCAUUGCUAGAUACGGUAAAUUGGUGGAGCAGUCUGAUACCGACAAUAAGGUGAUGGUUGCCAAGUUUGUACCGUUGUCAGCUGCUGAUUUAGCAAAGAUAAAGAAUGAAUUGACCUACAAAGAUGAAAAUGGAAAUACAAUUGAAGAAGAGGAUGAUGAUGAUGAUGAUGAUGAUGAAUUUGAUGAGGAUGAAGACGAAGAUGAUGAAGAUGAAGAUGAAGAGGAGGAUGAAGAUGAAGAUGAAGAUGAGGACGAAGAUGAGGAAGAUGAAGAUCAAGAUGAGGACGAAGAUCAAGAUGAAGAUCAAGAUGAAGACCAAGAAGAUGAAACAGAAAUAGAUAAGAAACAACAACAGGUACAACAAACAAAGAAAGAACAACCUCAAAAACAACAACAAACAAAGAAGGAGUUAAUGGAAGAGUUGAAGAUGAAGCAACAGGAGGAAAAGAAAAAGAAACAACUUAUGAAGGAGUUGGGUAUCAGUGAAAAGGAAGAGAAGAUGAUGGAUCAAAUUUUGAAGCAAGAGAAGAUCAAGGAAGAAAAGAGGAAGGCUAAACUUGAAGCACAGAAAGCAGAGGAAGAGAAUAACGACAACGAUGAUAUAGACUUUGAUGAUGAAGACGAUGGUUCCUUCAAGAAGAAAGGUCAAAACAAAAAGAAUAAAAAGAAAUAA